AUGCCAUCCCCCGCGCCUCCCACCGUGCUGCUGCCGUGGGAGCGCGCCGUGGUACUGCUGUCGUGCGUGCUGUCAGCGCUAGGCUCGGGCCUCUUGGUGGCCACGCACGCCCUGUGGCCUGACCUGCGUAGCCGGGCGCGGCGCCUGCUACUCUUCCUGUCUCUAGCGGACCUGCUCUCGGCUGCCUCGUACUUCUACGGGGUGCUGCAGGACUUUGCGGGGCCUUCGUGGGACUGCGUGCUGCAGGGCGCGCUCUCUACUUUCGCCAACACCAGCUCCUUCUUCUGGACGGUGGCCAUCGCUCUUUACCUGUACCUCAGCAUCGUCCGAGAUGCGCGCGGGCCCAACACGGACCAUCUGCUCUGGGCUUUUCAUCUCAUCAGCUGGGGUGUCCCGCUGGGCAUCACAGUGGCAGCUGUCUCUCUGAAGAAGAUAGGCUACGAUGCCUCCGACGUGUCCGUGGGCUGGUGCUGGGUGAACCUGGAGGCUGAGGACCGUGUCAUGUGGAUGCUCCUGACUGGGAAGCUGUGGGAGAUGCUGGCUUAUGUCUUACUGCCUCUACUGUACCUUCUGGUCAGAAAACACAUCAACAGAGCGCACCAGGCCCUCUCCGAGUACCGGCCCAUCUGUGAGGGGCGCCCACUGCAGCGAGGCUCCUCCACCUCCAUGGCUGAUAAGAAACUGAUCCUGAUUCCACUCAUAUUCAUCAGCCUCCGGGUCUGGAGCACCGUGCGCUUUGUCCUGACCCUCUGCGGCUCCCCCGCUGUCAAGGCUCCUGUGUUGGUUGUUCUGCACGGCAUUGGGAACACUUUCCAGGGAGGGGCCAACUGCAUCAUGUUCGCCCUCUGCACCCGCGCAGUCCGCACGAGGCUCUUGUCUCUCUUCUGCUGCCGCUGCUAUCCUCAGCCGUCUACCCAGAACCCUCUUGGGGCUCCUACUCCCCACAAGAUGAGAGAAUCUCAGGAAUCCAGACGGACUCCAGAAGUUCCCAGCACCUGA